AACCCUGGUCUAUAGCACAAGUCACAAGAGUUGUAAUUAAAACCGCAGCACCACAGAAGCUAUUAUCACAAGUAAAUUGUACCAAAUGUGGCUUUUUAGGAAUUCUGCACAAUCAAAGUCAUAAAAAGUGUGUUCAUGGAAUAAUUCAAAGUAUAUCUGUCAUUAUGAUUUCUGUCAAGUUAUGUUUAGGGAAACAUUAUAAUACAAGAAUAAAUGUCAUACCAUUAAUAAACACCUCUGCCAUUUAUGUUGGCUGACACUGUUCUUAAUGAUUGAUUCACCCAACUUAGCCAUUUUGUAAAAUAAUAAUAAGUUACCCUUCCACUCAACAGAAUAUUAAUAAUCCCCUACUUUCCCAUCAAAUAGCCAAUAUAUAUUUGUGUAUGUCUGUGUUGCAUCAAUAAUGUUCUUUGGUAAUGCCAGGUUUCUGUUUUGGUAACUUUAUGAACUCAAUACAGGUUAUGACAAAGUAAUGAACGUACGAUACAAAUAAAAGAAAUGAAAGUAAAGUUUUCAUCACUUGUGUAUUUUGCUGUUUCAUUGCCACUAUGUUCGAUUAUGGCAUGCAUUUUAAUAUCAAUGUUCCUUCAUUGGAAAGAUGCAACAUCAACACAUUGUAAGGUUGACAAUUAUAUACCAUCCAUCAGUGCAGCAGUUGGCAGUCUCACACCAGAACGAUACAUCUGGAGAGUAGGAAUCGCCUUGCAUUCAUUGCUACGAUACUUAUUUGCUGUCGCCUACUAUAAUUUCUAUCAGGACUCGUCCCUCUCAAAAUGGUUUAGUGUGAUAAUUAAAUUUAAUUUUGUGUUUAAUACAAUUGAAGUUAGUUGCCUUAUGUUGUUGACAUAUGUAUCUUCAACUGAAAACUAUGAUGUACACAAGUGUGGUUUCAUUGGUUUUUUGGUGUGCUCGCUUUUAUAUAUGACAUGCACAUGCUAUUUGUUCAAAAACUUGGGAAGCAUUAGACACAGCCAUCAGAAUGCACGUUCUCUAAAAAUAAAAAGUAUACUAUUACUAUGCAACUUCUUAUGUUUAUUAUUGGUUGGUUAUUUCUUUUGGAGACACAACGCUUACUGUGAAACAGGCGUGUAUAGCCUGUUCGCAUUAUUUGAGUAUUUGACUGUGUUCACAAAUAUCUUAUUUCAUGGCACUGCUUCCAUUGACUUUCAGGGUAGUAUGGUGGAGAUUCCGAUACAAAGCAUAACUUAUGCAGCGAAGGGAUGGAACGUAUAGCUUUCAGUGCCCUCAUGUUAAUGGUGUCAAUUCUCAGGAAAGCCUUUUGUUUUGUUUUUUGAAAUAUAAAAACUUGAAGCUGUAUUACCCAUGCAAUAAAUUUUGGUAUAGUGCAAAUAUGUAUUUUUGGAAUUUUUAAACCAUUUUUAUUUAUUCACACAUUAGUAUAAGUUGAAACAUGUAAUUAAGGACAUUUUUUAUUAUCUAAAAACAUAAAAUAUAAA